GCCCUUAGUCACGACGAGAUUCAUGCAUCCUCAGGUAUAAAGAGAGCACGGCGGCCCUCUUUUUUCCUCCAAAGCGCACUACUGACCUCCGUAUACCAUGCUCGUCAGCCUAUUUCUGGUGUUCUUCGGUGCUAUCGCGGCGACGGCCAACCCCGCCCGUCGCGAUAAGUCGCCCAUCAGUAUUCCAUUCACCAGGAAGUUCAAUGCCACGGGAGGUGCCACCCUGAAGCAGAUGGACCGGGCAAGAAUCGCACAUUUCAAGGCUGGGUGCGGCAGCGGAACAGCCUGCGACAUCAAGACUGCCGCGAGCACGCUGUUCGAUGUCGACGCCACGAAUGGAGCCGUGCAGUACACUGCCAGCGUUGGCGUUGGGGAUCCUGCGACUGAUUAUACUUUGAUCAUUGACACUGGCAGCUCCAACACUUGGGUUGGUGCGGGUCAGUCGUAUGUAGUGACUAGUACGUCUGAAGACACCGGCGAGAGUGUCUCCGUCACGUAUGGUUCUGGAUAUUUCGAGGGUGAGGAGUACCUUGAUACUGUCACCCUCGCAUCUGGAUACGCCAUUACUCAGCAAUCAAUUGGUGUUGCAUCAUACGCUGAGGGAUUCUCUGGUGUUGAUGGUAUUCUGGGUCUUGGUCCUGAAGACCUCACCUGCGGCACCUUGAGCGAUGAAAAUGAAUGCAUUGCAACUGUCACUCAGAAUGCGUACUCGCAGGGUCUCAUUGACGUCGAGGAGAUCGGCGUCUCCUUCGAGCCUACCACCUCCGACUCGGAUACCAACGGUGUCAUCACCUUUGGUGGCGUUGACUCGAGCCUGUACACCGGAGACAUCACAUACAUAGACAUCACUUCAAGCUCUCCAGCCAGCGAGUACGUCGGCAUUGACCAGUCGAUCCAGUACGGAUCCGAGACAAUCAUGUCCUCCGCUGCUGGAAUCGCUGACACUGGCACUACCCUGAUCUACCUCCCGAGCUCUGCCUACAACAAGUAUGUCGACUACACCGGCGCGACUUACGACGACAAUACCGGUCUGCUGAAGAUCAGCUCGUCUGACUAUGAUAGCCUUGACAGUGUAUACUUUGUUAUUGGCGGGACGUCUUUUGAAUUCACGGCGAAUGCUCAGAUUUGGCCUCGCUCUCUGAACACCUACAUUGGCGGCGAUUCCGAUUCAAUCUACCUCGUCAUAAACGACAUGGGCGAUGAUGCCGAAGAAGGGCUCGAGUUCAUUGACGGCAUGACCUUCCUUGAGCGGUUCUACUUCGUGUACAAUUCGGGAAGCAGCACAGUCGGUUUCGCGACAACCGACUACACGGAUGCUACCACCAACUGAGAUGAGAACAGGAUGAUCCCUUGAAUGCAAUGGGGAUCGUGAGGGUUUGUGCAAAGCUUGCAUUGCGAAAUGAGAAGGGUAAAUCAAAAGGGAAUCACUUUGUAUUGGCUGUCGCGCACAUCUGAUAGCAUUUUUAUACAUCUUGUCCCUCAUUUUCUAGCAUG